AGCACUUAUUCAAAGCUAGUAGUCGAGCCUCUUCAGAACAGAGAUAAACAAGCCGCAGACGACGUCUGCAACCCAUUCAAGCAUUGCAGAUACAGGACUUAAAACGCGGAUUUGCAGUGAUUUCAUUGGAGAGAUGGUGAACUCAGUGAUUAAAAGGCCCAGUUUGGAACAGCGGAAGGUGCGUUCUCGUGACGCGGCACGCUGUAGGAGGAGUCAGGAGACUGAGGUGUUUUACGAGCUGGCGCACUCGCUACCACUUCCACGACGCAUCACCUCCCACCUGGACAAAGCUGCCAUCAUGAGGGUGACGCUCAGCUAUCUGCGCAUGAACCGCUUGAUCCAAUCCGUGGGUCCAACCAAAACAAAGACUGAGGAAACGGAGAAUCCCACUGAUGGCUUUUAUCAGCAGGCACUGGCUGGCUUUAUUCUGGUGAUGACCGAGGAAGGGGACAUGAUUUUCCUCUCAGAGAGUGUCAGCAAAUACAUUGGCAUAACACAGCUGGAGCUGCUUGGACAGAGUGUGUAUGAGUUUGUUCAUCCCUGUGACCAAGAAGAAUUGCGAGACAUCCUCACCACAAGACCAGGUAUUUCAAAGAAAAAGACCGAGAAGUUGGCAGAACAUAAUUUUUUCCUUCGGAUGAAGAGCACACUCACCCACACAGGAAGAACAGUUAAUAUCAAGUCUGCAAACUGGAAGGUCCUUCAUUGCACAGGACACAUGCAGACAUUCAGCGGUGAUGACGAGAGCUCGCUCCCUGCUGGCAGCUUCCUGACAUUGCUGUGUGAGCCCAUUCCUCACCCCUCCAGCGUUGAAUUCCCACUUGACAGCAGCACUUUCCUCACACGCCAUAGCAUGGACCUGACUUUCACACAAUGCGACGGACGAGUCACUGAGCUUGUUGGAUACCAACCUGAUGAUCUGAUUGGCCGGUCUGCCUAUGAGUUUUAUCACGCCCUUGAUUUUGAUCAUGUGACCAGGAGUUUACACAUCUUGUUCUCCAAGGGCCAGGUGUGCACCAGCCAUUACCGCUUCCUGGCUAAGAAUGGAGGAUUUAUCUGGACUGAGACUCAAGCCACUGUCCUCUACAACAGCAGGACUUCUCAACCCGAGGCUGUGGUCUGCCUCAACUUUAUCCUCAGUGGCGUGGAAGAGGCAGAUGUUGUGUUCUCGUUGGAACAGACCUGUCAGAAACCAAAACCCAAAGCAGAAAAGCUGAGUGUGCUGGAGAAGGUGGAGGAGGAGGAGGAGGAGGAGGAGGAAGAAGAAGAAGAAGAGGACUCGGACAUGGAUGAGAGCAGCACUGCGAAGCUCUUCCUCCAGAUGAAGGAGAACCCAGAGGAGUUAAUGCAGCUGGCACCUCACUCUGGAGAUGCUAUCAUUUCCCUAACAGAGGGUGUGGAGUUGUCCUUCUGUCGUCCGUCUAGUCCCAACAGUGUCCCAGAAUGCCCUCAGGACCUCUGUACGCCUGAACUCCGCCAGCUCCUUUCUCCAAUAUUCGACAGACCCACCAAAUCUCCACCUGCUGCGAGCCCUGCUGAAGAGCUGCCCAUGGAGAUGGAAGGGGUAGAGAAGUUCUUCGCCCUCAAACCUGAAGAGAGUGUAACUCUGAAAGGACAAUCAGAGGCUAUGGAUGAGAUUGAUUUGGACAUGCUAGCUCCAUAUAUCUCCAUGGAUGAUGACUUCCAGUUGACCUUCCUGCCCCAGAGUGAAAUGGCUGCAUCUUCAGAAAUGUUAACCAACUCUUCAAGGAAACGAUGUUUAGAAGAUGAGGAGGAAGAUGACAUUCCUGUUUUGGCUGCCAAAUGGGAGAGGAAACAGAUGAGCAGCUCCAUAGAGGAACAGCUUCUGCUCAGCCACACAUUACUGAAUGGCUUGUCCGACGAUGCUUCAGAAGAAUUUGAACCACCACCUCAAAAGCGAUGUCAGCUUUUGACCGACAGGGACCCGUUACUGGGCGGAGCGCAGGCGUUAUGUGAUACAGCAGCUCUCAUGAAGGACACCUUCCUAUCACGCCCACCUGACUUAAUGCGACCUGUUGCUGAAACCAUGUCGUCCCUUACUUGAAGAAUAAAGAAUGUGGAUGAGUUCUCAGCAAAAACAAUGACCGCUAAACACGGAGGGUUACGAAUAACCCUCUUUUCGCUCAACAUGUAUCAGCUUAACAUGUAUUUCAAAGAGUGAUGUUUUACGCACAAAACACAGGAGGAUAAUUGGCCUAAACAUUUUUUUACAUUUGUUUUUUUUAAUUUUUUUUAUGAUACACACAUUUUUUUGCCCCAAUACUAUAAUGAAGAGUAGUUAAAAUAGACUUUAGUUAAUAGAAUUAGUAUAAUAUAGUCAUUGGUUAUGAACUCAUGCCCAUUCUCAGCAGAGACUCUGAAUUUAGAUUCGUCAGUAGAUAGCAGCAUUUCUAAAAAAUAAUGGUGCUCCAGUUGCCCCUGACGUUCAGUCCAGUUUCUUCCAAAGCACAAAUGCGGCUAAAAGGGGGUCGAAAUCGAAGCUAAACUGGUCAGGAUAUGUUAGAAAUAGUGUUAAAAUGUUGUUCUACCACUUGUAGCCUUAAUCUAAACCUAUAAAUCCCAUUACUUCAAGCAUAACCUCAUUUGACUGUAAGUUUUUCUGAAAGAAGCUUCUCGGGGUGAUUUCUUACAGUGGUUCUGUUUAGUGCUAGAAUCAUGGGUUAGGCUGAUUUUAAGUCGAGGUGAUCAUGCUUUUGAGUUAGAUUAUUCACUGAGGCCAUAGCUGACAAACGCAACAAAUACUCUAUCAGUGAUCAUCUGAUUUUUAUAAAGCAUUUUAUAUACUUUUGCAAUUACAACUUGUAAGUGAAUCUAUACUAUGUGUCUUUUGGUGUUGAACUACAAAUAUUAAUGUUUUCUGUUCGUGUCACUUCCAAUGUCAAAUGAUCUGUUUAAAAAAAAAAAAAAAGGCUAUGGUGUUGAUACUGCUGUCAUAUUGACUGAUGUCUUUUUGAAUCAUAAUAUGAGAUGCUAAAACGACAAAUGUACUAGUAAAUUGCUUGAAAGCAUUGACAGCAAAGCGAUCUUGUUGUUUGUUGAUCCUCUUUUAUGCAGCAGAUACUUUUUGUUAAAUAGUGGCAUACAUGAUUAGUUGUGGUGCUUUUUUCAGUUGGCUGUGAAGUUAUAUUCCCCUGAUUUCUGUAGCUAGGACAGACACCACUUAAGGGGCCUUAUUCAAAUGGUGUCCAAUAAGACACAUGCCUUCUCAUAUGGAUAACAGUUCUUCUGAAAACUUAAACUUUUUGUGUAUGUUACUUUGUGUAUUUUUGCAUCAUUUAUUUCCAAUGUAUGAAUACCUUGUAUUAUCUGAUAAAGAAAUAAAACCUUUUAAAUGCUUUCAAAA